GCCUGCGGGGCCGGCGACAUGGACCCCCUGUACCAGCAAACGCACAAGUGAGGGCCGCGUCGGGGAGCGGGCGGGGGCUAGGCGAGGCUAGGCCAGGUGAGGCUUGCUUCUGGAGCUGGGGCCUCGGACGUCCGCUGGGGCAGAAGAGGCCGAGUUUUUCUGCCGGGGCACUGCUGGAGAUGCCUCCGAAGUACUUAAUCCCUGGCGGGACGCCCAGAUCAGCCGGUCCAGCCUGGGGCUUGGAGACGUGGGGCAGAUGGCUCCUGGGGUCUGCAAGCCCGUGACUACCUACUGGGUAAACUGGGUGAGGGGAAAGUGGCACCUGGAGGUUCUAAAACUUUGUCCGGCAUCUACUCGGUGCUCCGGGUUGGUAGAGCUCGAGAGGAAACAUGGGGUAGGAGACACCGCCCCUGCCCGCAGGAGUGUACUGCUUAAUUGGAGAGUCAAGGCAGGUCCAUGAGAUCCAGUCUCGCAUGGGACGCCUGGAGACGGCAGACAAGCAGUCUGUGCACUUAGUAGAAAACGAAAUCCAAGCAAGCAUAGACCAGAUAUUCAGCUGUCUAGAACGCCUGGAGAUUUUGUCCAGCAAGGAGCCCCCUAACAAAAGGCAGAAUGCCAAACUUCGGGUUGACCAGUUAAAGUAUGAUGUCCAGCACCUGCAGACUGCUCUCAGAAACUUCCAGCAUCGGCGCCAUGCAAGGGAACAGCAGGAGAGGCAGCGAGAAGAGCUUCUGUCUCGAACCUUCACCACUAACGACUCUGACACCACCAUACCAAUGGACGAAUCACUGCAGUUUAACUCCUCCCUCCAGAAAAUUCACCACGGCGUGGAUGACCUCAUUUUAGAUGGGCACAAUAUUUUAGAUGGACUGAGGAACCAGAGACUGACCUUGAAGGGCACUCAGAAGAAGAUCCUCGACAUUGCCAACAUGCUGGGCUUGUCCAACACGGUGAUGAGGCUCAUCGAGAAGCGGGCUUUCCAGGACAAGUACUUCAUGAUCGGCGGGAUGCUGGUGACCCUUACGGUCAUGUUCCUCGUGGUGCACUACCUGACAUGAGCCAGCCACACUCAACGGCUGAACAGCGUUCCUACAGCGUACGAGUGUGUGUGAGUGUGUGCGCGUGAAAACGGGGAUGGGGGGCCCAGAGGCUGCCUUUUGACACGUGUGCCUGUCUUAACUGUGAAGACACUCAGGAGUGAUUGUGAUAUAGUUGCCAACCUGCUUUGUUUUCUGUGACGUCUUGGAGGGGGAGCUAGUGCCACCAGGAUGUGCAGUGCUUAGGGAAUGGAAGAAGUCCCAGUUCCGUCUCACUCUCACUCUUACUAGGGGAGGGAAAGAAUGGCUUGGGUGACUUUGUUCACACAGCUGAUGUGCGCCCUGGGAAUGUGUCCACAGUGAGGCCUUCGUGCAGUACCGUCCACACAGUUCAAACCUUGUCACCAUCCGGCCUUUCCAGCUCCUGGUAGGCUGGAGCAAAAGUGAAAAGGAGAGGAAAGAGGCCUCAUUUUCUCACACCCAUUAUAUUAAAUAGUAGGUCAUUCACAUCCUGGCCACCUCCCGUGCACCCCAGUGACGUGUAGAUGACUAACUGCCGUACUUGUCACCUUUCCCUGGAAGCAGCUACCUAGGGGAAACAAGAUGGCAGUGCUGUUGCCGAUAACAAGUAAGAUUUUCCACACU